CACCACACUUCUACCUCUGAGCCGCUACGCACCAGUCAGACGCCGUCGCAUUUUACCAACACUCCGCCCGCCCGCUAAGGUGACUCAGGCACACUCGGCCCGUCGUCCAGCCCUGACAGCAUGGAUGGCCAGGUGCAUUGUCCCGUCCCGCACACCCGGGACCUUUGGGUGAAAGUUACUUCGGACAAAGCGACCCUGGAUAGUCCGAGGAUGAACGGCUACUAUCCACUGAACUGUAUUCAUCCACCGCUGCAGAUUCUUCUCGUCAUUGCUCUCUACACAGGGCUGGACGAUCUCUUGCUUUGUACUCGGCUUCGCAUUUUCCUCUUCCUCUCACGACUUCGUCUCAACCUCUCUCACUCCUUCAUAACAUUUGCGACUUUGUCACUUUCUAGUGAUUCCACAGGACCCUCUGCUGCCAUCUCCUUUCUUCGCUAAUCUCGAGACUAGGCUCGGACAAUCGCGGACCGGGCCUGGUUGACGUGCGAUGGGCCAAUCCGUGUCAACAUACACGACGUAUGCUGACUACAGACCCGAUGUCGGCGUCAUCGCCGGACACCCGCACAAACCCUUUCCCUCGAAUAUCACGGCAGGUCUUGCGCAGGACCCGCCCAGCGCAGCAGCGCUACAGAGUCUUUCAGACUUCAUGAGAUUGUUCUUCUAUGUCCCCCUGACCCCAAGUAUCUACAUUGCUUUUUUCACCGGACUCAUCUAUCUCGGUCUUCUGAUCAUUGCAGCGGCAGCUAUUGGCGUCUAUCGCUGGAGGCGAGGGCAAUUCUGGAUCCUUCGUCUGGAAAGGCGAGCCAGAGGUCUGUACAUCGUCCCCAAUGCCCUCAACGCUUUUCUACUAUUCGAGCUGUCUUUCUGCCUGUCAUGGGGUGUCUAUGGAAUUGGAGCCUUUCAGUCCUACAGGGUCGAGAACUGGUUCUUUAUUCGUAAAUUAGAAGCUAUCAGUCUUCACUGCUGGUUUCCACUCUACCUUGGGAUUCUCAGCGCUGCCGUGGGCUCCUUCUUCUCUGUACCGGGUGCUCUCGAUCCCGGAAGUAAUGCCGCUCAUAUCCACAACAUCAUGCGUCGUCCGUGGGUCAUCAACACAAUUACCAUUGGACUUCCGUUGGGUCUCAUAGCAUGCAUCGUGCCUCUUUGCGUCUUAGCACAGCUCUCUCGCACACGUCAGAUCGAUCACUACCGCGACUUUGCCGACCGCAUCGAAGGCAGUAUUACGUCAAGUAACCUUGAUGGCGUUAGCCUCAGUACCACGUUGGUACAGGCGUACCUGCAAGAGGCAAGCGAUCUUUGGAGCGAAAGUGCGCAAAAUACAUGGACCAGGGCAGGGUGGAGUGUCUGGAACGCCUUUUAUUGCUUCCUGUUCCUCUUCUACAGUAUUGCCGGAGGUUGGAUGCUCAUCGUCGUGAAACGUCAAGUCGAAGCCUCGAAGGCGAUCGUAGACAAGGAGGAACGGUAUCACAGGGAGCUCGUAGUAGCGCACCAGGACGAGCCAAGUGCUCUGCUGUUCCAGCCUCUCCUCAGUCCAGGGGCUACUGUACCACCGACCAGCCCUCGCACGGCGAGCCAAUUCAGCAGCAAGCACAGUCCGUCUCUUGCCGCAACAGCCAUCUCCUCACCGUCGACGGCGUACUCCCCUCUACAAAGUGAGAAGAGGUAUUUGCAAAGCGACGAUGUCGAGGCGACAGCGGCAGCCAGCCCGGAGCACACUCUGCUUUCGCCUCUGCCGCCGCCGCAGCCAGUGGAAUCACAACCAGCCCCGCCUUCUGCAGCUGUAUUACGCUGGAGGUAUCUUCGCCGCUGCUACCGGUCUUUGGUCAUCAUGUACGCGGGCAUUAUUGCCGUGCUAGGGAUCUCCAUUGGUACAGGAGGCUUCCUCGCUGCCUCUAUCACGCGUGAAUGGCUCGCAGGUCCCUAUGAAUCGGCUUACGUCCUGGGCGUCUACGUGCUACUACAAACCUGGACUCGCGUUGUCUUCGGAUCAAUCACUCUUGGCGCCGUCGUGUUCCGAUCUUUUGACCAUUCCGCAAUGGGCGGAGCAUCCGCAGAAGCCAUCAGCGAAAAAAGAGAAGGUACUACCACUGCCAAUGGACGAGGUCUCAGUACAAGCGAGGCUCACCAUGGAAUUAGCACAGGGGUGGAUAGUGUGAGCUCUACCACUUCGCCCCACCGCGUCUUACAGGACCCGGCGACCUCGGACCUGGCUUCAGUACCAGAGAAUGCUACCAUGAGUCUUCCUGCCGUGAGCUCCAUGGAGGAGGUAGCGACUAGCGGCAGCUGCCACGCGUUAUUGACUGAGCCGAUGUCGCCGGCUACAGACUCAGGAGCUGCCUCGGCUCCAUCGACCUCGGCUUCGACUUCGGCUCUUCAAGAGGGCCAUGUGUACAAUGCCGGGGCGAGCAGCCUAGAGUACACCACGACGUCCCCACUGUUGUCACGACGAUCCGUUAGCAAUGCUCUCGCGUCACUGGCUCUUUCGCAAAGCACAAGGUCAGCUAGUAUGGGAAAGCUUGAUGUCCUUCCCCGACCAUCAUCUAGUCAAUCUCUGCAGCUUCUAGCGAUGCAAAAGUGUGACUCCAGGGCACGUCGCUUCUCAGCCUCGGCGCCUCCCCCCAAUCGUCCUCUACCUACCCCCGUCCCACGAUCCGACAGAAGGCCAGGAAGCGCAUCGAGUACCAGCAGUACUGUCACCAACAGACAAAGACAAGCGAGCCACAGCACUUCACUAGCACAGAGGCGUGCUAGUGCCAAUGCAGAGCUUGCUUCCUCAGCACGCCUUCUGCAGCUCUCUGCAGCCUUGGAGAGCAGGCGUGACAGCUGUCGCAUUGCGCCGGAGUACACGCCCGCAGACAGGACGGGCUGGCGCUCCUUAGUCUCCGAGGACUGUCUGGGGAAUGCUGCUUCCCCUUUUCAGGCAGGCUGGAACGGUUUUGCUCAACCUGCGGCCUGUGAACAGAGUGGCUGCGCGGACGCAGCUCAAGAGUCAGCGACGCAGCAGCUGGCAACGACGGCGAACCCUGUUCCGCCUUCUCCUGCCGCUACGAACGCCAGCUCUGACGAGGUCGACCACCUGUCUGAGCUGAUUCCACGUUCAGCUUUGACGGCGAGAGCUAAUCCAUCGAAGCAUCAUGCACGUUCGUCGUCAUCACCUCCCGACUCGCCCGUUGAUGGCGAGGCCUUUCACUUCGAGUAGAAGACUCCAUAGAGUUUCCAUUAGAAUGCCGCGAUAGAUUUCCCUCAGCUUUCGCUCAGCCUCGUCAUUGGUGCCGAGAUUAUCGCAGAAACCCACUUAUUAUACCCCACUUGGUCCGCUCUCCCUUUGGCGGAGAACGCAGCACAUUGUACAUUGCCUUAUACUCAGCUGCGAAUAUGCAUGUUUGUCAUCCUUCAUCC